GACGCACGACGCCGCGCUGUCUGCCGUCAUCGCCAGUCGUCAGCAGUGUCGCACGUCAUCAGCUCGCCCGUCAUCGUCAGUGACCAGCCGUCGCCAGCUGUCACCAGCUCCAGCCGCCACCAGUUGGUCUGCGAAGACUCAGUGACGCCGCUGUGCUCCAGCCUCGCCCAGCACCACCGCCGCCGCCAUGCCGCGCCCGACCCGUGAGUCAUACGGCGACCAGAAGCCGCCCUACUCUUACAUCUCGCUAACGGCCAUGGCCAUCGCCAACAGUCCCGAGCGCAUGCUGCCGCUGUCCAGCAUCUACCAGUUCAUCAUGGAUCACUUCCCGUACUACCGUCAGAACGCCACCAAGUGGCAGAACUCGCUGCGCCACAACCUGAGCUACAACGACUGCUUCGUCAAGGUGCCGCGCCGGCCCGACCAGCCGGGCAAGGGCGCCUUCUGGACGCUUCACCCCAAGGCGCAGACCAUGUUCGAGAACGGCUCGCUGCUGCGCAGGAGGAAGCGCUUCAAGCUGACCGAGGAUGAGAAGGAGGUGGUGCGCGCCGUGCUGGCGGCCCAGUCGGCGCCGUGCCGCCCGGUGCCCUACGGCCGGCCACUGCCGCCGCCCGCCGCCCCCGCCGCCGCCGCCGCCGCCGCCGCCGCCGCGCCGUUUCCGGCCUACCCGCCGUGCGCCCCGGCCGGCCGGGCACGCCAGUCGUUCAGUGUGGAGAGCCUGGCCCAGUCGGACGCCCGGCCGGAGCCGGUGCGACCGGAGCCGCUGCACCGCGGCUACCUGAGCCGGCCCCAGCCGAGCCUGGCGCCGCUGCCGCCGCUGGCUCCCCUGCCCGCCUACGGGGUGCCGUGGGGGCCGUACUCGGCCGCCGCCGCCGCCGCCGCCUGCUACCCGGCUCCGCUGCGGCUGGCCGGCCUGAGCGGCGUGCUCGGCUACGCCCAGCACGGCCACCUGUCCCCGGGCGCCAGCUCGUCGCACUCCGAGUGCGAGUCGGCCUCGGACAGCGACCGGAGCUGCUAGGAGGCGCCAGUCAGUCCCGCACCCGCAGCUUCACAGAUCAACCCCCUUAUUGCCGGUUCAGAGAGGUCCCCCGCACCCCCGCAGGCCCGCCCGGCUCGGCACGGCGGCCGUGGCCUUUAUCGUUCCUAUGCUUUAUCGAUGUUUAUGUAUUUUAUUGGUUUGCUGUUGUUGUUGUCUGUGUACCUGAUGUCACGGCGAAUGAGUGUCGAUGUCAAAUGACGUAUAUGCAUCGGUGGUGCUAUGUCAAUGUCACCGCAGCUGUAACGAGAGGCAUAAAUAUACUUC